AUGAGUGAUGAAUGGGAUGCAGAGGAUUUCAACCCUGACGUUUCUUCUUUGGCCCCGCCUCCAGUAGUGGAAGAGCCUGUUGCUCCUGUCCACCAACCUAAAGUUGAGAAGAAAAAGGAAAUCAAUAUGGAGAGUCUUGGUCGUGAAUUGACUGCUGCCGAAAGAGAAGAAAUUCAGCGUCGUAAUGAUUUGAAACUUGCUCAGGAUAUGUUUGGAGAACCAACUGAUACUGAUGAACCUGAAUAUAAAGAUAUCGUUACCAAGGAAGAAUUUGAGAACUAUGGAGUGAAAAUUGGAACUUUUAUCAAUACGCGACACAAGGCCACCCAUUAUGGAGACUUACUUAACAAACUGAUACUCACCAUAACCGAAAAACUUGAUGCUAGCGAAAUUAGGAAAAUAUCUACGAACCUGAAGCUCGUGGCUGAUUCCAAGAAAGAUGACAAGCCUAAGCCAGGAGCAACCGGUGCUGCCAAGAAGAAGAAGGCUCAAUUGAAGGGUGCAUCUAAAGGAAACAGCAUGUUUGACGAUUAUGGAAAAGGAGGCGGAUACGAUAAAUUUGAUGAUUUUGAAGAUGAUUUCAUGUGA